AUGUAUUCUAAUCGGUGUAAGAACCUAACGCUACCUCGAAUAAAUAUCGAUAAAGGCUCCUCGAACUUCAUUGCGCAGAACGAUGAAAACAAUUUGCUACUGCUGAGCCCGAAGCUGCAGACUGCGCCUAUUAUUCACACACCCCGGAAUGCUGUGGCUCGGAGCAGCCCCGGAUUGACGAUGCCGGGAUUCAGUACGCCCCGAUCGCCUAGCAAAAGACUCGGGGCCUACCGGCCAAGCGUAUUUGCCCACCGGCUAUACCGGCGGGCGGUUUUCAAGAAUGGCACCUGCAACGUCGCUCCGGUUAGGGUUUCCCGUAAGCACAUUCGCUUCCUGCAGGACAUGUUCACAACCCUGGUGGAUGCCCGGUGGCGUUACACGCUGCUUGUUUUCGCCCUUGGAUUCGUCGGUUCCUGGCUGUUUUUCGCGCUACUCUACUGGUUUAUAGCUUUCGCACACGGGGACCUGGAGGAAGCGCACUUGCCGCACAAUCAAGACGCCAACAAUUGGAAGCCGUGCAUUUCGAACAUCUACACCUACGCGUCCUGUUUUCUGUUUUCACUGGAAACGCAGCAUACCAUCGGCUACGGAAACCGUGCCACCACCGAGGAAUGUCCGGAGGCCAUAUUCGUCAUGAGCCUUCAGUCGGUUCACGGAGUUAUGAUUCAGGCACUGCUGGCCGGAAUAAUCUUUGCCAAAAUGACUCGACCGAAAAGUCGCUCCCAAACUCUGCUCUUUUCCAAGCAGGCAGUGAUUUCAAUGCGCGACGGAGAACUGUGUCUCAUGUUCCGGGUUGGUGACAUGCGCAAAAGUCACAUCAUCGGUGCCAAAAUUCGGGCCCUGUUGAUUCAGGGUAAAAUGACCAGCGAAGGAGAAGUGAUGGCACAGUACCAGAUGGAGCUGGACGUGGAAGUAGACGGAUGCGGUGCGGAUAUGUUCUUCAUCUGGCCCCAGAUUGUGGUUCAUCGGAUCAACGCCAGUUCACCGCUGUAUAAUUUGAGUGCCCUCGAACUGCUGCAGGAGAAAUUCGAAAUCAUUGUGAUUCUGGAGGGGACGAUCGAAUCCACCGGUCAAACAACCCAAGCUCGGUCCAGCUAUUUGAGCAGUGAAAUUUUGUGGGGCUACCGGUUUGAUCCGAUUCUGUUCUACAACAAACAGCGACAAACGUACGAGAUUAAUUUGGCCAAAUUUGACGAACCGAUUCCGGUGGAGACACCCGGCUGCUCAGCGCGGGAAACGAUGGAAGGUGCUGCCUACAGUAGUCAUGAAAACCUCAUCGACAAGCGCCCGUUCGAAUAUGUCAGUUUGGUGGAAAAGCUACAGCACUAUCAGGUGGAGGAUGAGAAAAGUCAACCGUCAGCGCGGGAUUCUGUUUGUUAUCAGUUUCCGCCAACAUCGGGAUCGGAGGCCCCCCUCGGAGGAGGUGUCAGCAACCAUGUGGGUACGAAAGCUGCUUUCGGCGUUCGGUCGAUAUCGGCGAGUGGACUAAAAAAUACUCUCAGCAGCUACGAAAGUAGCGAUAUCAGCCAUUGUGCUGAUACGACGAUUUCCGUGUGCUGA